GGGUUGGUUCUUGUGGUCUCAUUCCACUUUCGUUUUCCAUCUUAUCGCAUUUUUAAAGGAACUCUCCAGUUUUUAUUCAAAGUUUUAUCCGUGGAGAAGGCGCUAUCUGUUCAAAGCCAUCCAACUAAGGAAGAAGCAAUUAAAUUGCAUCGAAAUGAUCCUGCUCACUAUCCUGAUCCAAAUCAUAAACCAGAGAUGGCAAUAGCUCUUACCGACUUUGAACUUCUUUGUGGAUUCCGCCCAGCCAAAGAAAUCUUUGAAAACCUUAAAGGAGCACCGGAAGUUCUUGCCCUUGCUGGUGAUAGUGGGGAAUUAGGAAAGUUGUUGGGAGAUGACGCAGUUGCUAAAGCAGCUCUAAAAAAUAUCUUUACACGAAUCUGGAGCUCACCUCCAGAACAGAUAGCGGAGGCUGUGCUGAAAUUCGUGGCUCGUAUCAAGCAAGAGCCGUCAAAUAAACUCAAUGAUUUAAUGGUCAGGCUGGAUCACGAAUUUCCAGGGGGCGAUGUUGGCGUUUUUGCCCCACUUCUACUUAAUUACUUCACUCUAAAGCCUGGUCAAGCUUCGUUUCUGGGGCCCAACCAACCGCAUGCUUACUUAUCCGGAGACUGCAUAGAGUGCAUGGCCUGCUCGGACAACACAAUCCGAGCGGGCCUUACCCCCAAAUUCAAAGAUAUCCAGACAUUGUGUGCUAAUCUUACUUACGCCAUGAGUGGACCGCCUAUUUUUCCUCACAAGGAAGUUUCUUCUGGAACUGAGCUUUAUGCUCCCCCCGUGCCCGAGUUUGCUGUGCAAGCUGUGAACGUAUUCGCAGUUUAUUUCCACAGUGGGGGUCUCUCCGUUGUGGGAUCAUCUGGACCUGCAACGGAGCUUUUUGAAGGUUUCAGUGGCAAAGCCACUCAAUUCUCUUCCGAAAAAGCAAGUUCGAUAGUGAUAGUGGUUUCCGGCAAGGCCCACUUCAAAGCAGGAUCUUUGGAUUUGGCCGUACAUCGCGGUGACGUUGUCUUUAUCUCUGCUGCCAUUGCCGACGUUCAGAUAGCGAGUCCGUCCAUGGAUUUCGUGUGCUAUCGAGCGUUCACUCCUCGACAUUAA